CACGGACAAAAUGGCGAAAUGGCAGAAAUUUCGUGGCUGCUCGUCCUCCGGCUCGUAUGAACGCGGUAGGAAUGUGUCGGGGAAAGGCUGCAGGAUGAAGCCGGACUGCGGUGUCGCCGUCCAGAAGGUAAAUCUCCUGUGAUGCCGAUUCGCCGAGCUGCAGCCACUCCGACCCAGGAGAAGGCCCCCUCCUCAGGAGCAGAGAAAGAGCCUGAAGCCUCCUCAGAAGAGUCGCCCUCUGCUGACGAGGAGCAGGUUGCAUCUUCGGCCGCAGCAGCCGAGGGCGAGACAGCAGGCGACGCGGAGCCCACCGAGAAUGGUGAGAAGGCCGACGAAGGAGCCGCUGCAGAGAAGGAAGGGGAAGGCACAGAGAAGAAAGAUGACAAAUGCAAGGACUGCGCGGCUGGACAGUGCGCAACACACUGCUAUGUUCUCCUACUAAGGUUGAAGGACGGCUACAAGUAUGAGAAAUCCAAAGUGAAGAAGGUGAAAAGGACGAUUCCUGCGUGGGCUAGUGUCACCGCCAGCAAAAAGGUUCCCGUUACCAACUUUGCAGGCACUCAGAACAAAGUGGAUAACAUCCUCAUUGAAGCUAUCACGUCUUGUAAUGACAGAUCGGGGGUUUCAUACCAGUCGGUCAUGAAAUAUAUUGUGAAAAAAUACCCGGGGAUGGAGCUUGACAGGAAGAAGUUCCUUAUCAAAAAAGCAAUGAAGAAACACAUAGAGAAGGGCACUAUCAAACAGCUAAAGGGGAAAGGCCUUUCAGGAACCUUCACCAUUGGGAAGCAGACUCCCUUGACUAAGAAAGCCGCUCAGAAGCAGGAGUCUCUGGGAGACGCUCUUCCUCUCAUCAUCACUCGGCUCUGUGAGCCCAAAGAGGCCUCGUACAACUUGAUCAAGAAAUACCUGGAGCAGCACUUCCCCAGCCUCAACAUCGAAAGCAGGCCAGAAGUCCUGAAGUCAGCGCUGGUGAAAGCAGUAGAAAAAGGACAUCUGGAGCAAAUCACUGGGAAAGGAGCCAGAGGGACGUUUCAGCUCAAACGCACCGGCAACAAAGUCCUGCUGAAGGGCGGCGCCUUAGAAGACGCCAUCACAGCCGCUAUCACAGCCAUGAAUGAACCUAAAACCUGCAGCACCACAACUCUACGCAGAUAUCUAGUAGAUGCCAACAAGGACAGAAAGGAGUACCAGUUAGUGGCCAACCUGAGGAGGACUCUGACCAAGUGUAAAGUACUCGGAUGGAUGGAGCAGAUUACUGGUCACGGCUUCACAGGGACCUACCAGCUCUCGUUCCCUUUCUACCCCAGUCCAACCAUCCUAUACCCAGACAAGUUUAAAGACCUUCCGAACAAAAAAGCUGCAGCUCCAACCAAGCGGAGGAGGACAGUAGACUCUUCAGACGAGGAAGACGAAGAGUCAGAAGAAGAGGAGGAAGAGUCCGAGGAUGAAGCCCCUGUCCGUCAGAGGAAAUCUCAGAAGAGGCCUCCGCCCAAGGCUCGCCAUCCUCCGCCAACCAAGAAAUCUCGGAGCACGAGUCAGUCAAAAGCUCAAGGGAGGGGACGCGCACUGGCAAAGAAGUCACCAGCCAAGAAAGCAGCAACUUCAGCCAAGAGGUCAGGAAAGAAACCGCCAGCCUCCAAGAAGGAAUCGGCAACACCGUCUAAAGCCACACCUGUAAAGAGAGGCGCUCCCGCAAGAAAGCCCAAAACGCCAGCUGUUAAAAAGCUCACAAAAAGGGGGUCUAAGCGACCUUUGGCCAGAGAUUCAUCGGCCGAGGAGGCAGGUACAAAAGAGACGACAAGGAGUGGGUCCAAGCGAUCUAAGGCCGAGGAGUCGUCCCCGGAGGAGCCCGCAGUUAAAAAGGCAACAAAGAGCGGUUCCAGACGGCAAGAGCCCGAGGAGUCGUCCUCUGAAAAGCCUGUAGCCAAAAAGGGCGCGAAGAGCAACAAGCAGACCGCGCGAAAGUCCAAGAGAGGGAGAUACUGAACCCAGGAGCACCUUCCACAAACUGGCAGCAGUCAGCCGCUUUGUUUCAGUGCUCUCUCUCUUUUUAUCAUUGUUUUCUCCCUUUUUAAUGGGGCAGUAGGUUUUUUUUAUUUUUAUUGUAGUAUAAGAACGUUAUCCUACCAGUUAACUGUACUUUGAGAGUUUCUGAACUUCCUUUUUAAUCACCAUGUGUAGAAAAGCUUGGUUAGUGUUGCCAUUAAAGCUGCCAGCUCGCGAAAGCAUAGCAAGAUCCAACCAACUCUAACUAGAGCCAUGUAUUAACUUAUGUUUUUAUAUGUUCCUCAUCCACUUGGUAGGUGCUGGCAGCACACAUUCCUAAUUUCAGACAAAGUGAGGUACCCGUGUUUCGGAGAGGUGAAAAGGACUUCCAUUUUUAGGUUCAAAUGUUGAGAAGUUUAAACGGUUACUAACAAUGUUACUACUUUAUAAAAACACAGAAUUGAAGGCUUUUUUCUGCGUUCCAGGAUCUCUUUGACCACAAAGUACUGCAUCAGAAUUUUAACUAUUAUUAUUAUUAUUAUUUGAAUUUCUUUAUUUAAUACAAAAAAAAAAUCCCCAAGUAAAUAUUAGGCCUGCAGGUGUCAAGCUGAGGACUGAACAGAGGAUAAAACACUGAUAGUAUUCAAGUCACAUUGAGGGAAAAAGUCAUUUUUUCACGUGUGUGGAAGCAAACAUAUACGUAAAUUGAUUUUAUUGCUUCACAGCUGUAAUUCAGUACCAAACUGUAAGAAAUGUGUGUUGUGAAUAAGAAAAAGGAGGAUAAUAGCUCAUACAUACCCUGCAUGCAUGUAUUCCUUGUGUUGUUAAGCUUUUUUCCAAGUCAUUAAUAAAAUGGCUAUAUUUGUA